UCACUGUUAGCCACACCUACUAUUUAACCGCCUCCUGCCCGCCAUAUAAGGUAAUGACGGGUGCAAGGCGGUUCUCUCAUUCUGGGAGGACGUCAUAUGAUGUCCUCCCACUCAAACCGCGCUGUAGCCCCAUCAGUGCCACCUGUCAGUGUCCAUCAAUACCACCUGCCAGUGGCCAUCAGUGCCACCUGCCAGUGCCCAUCAGUGCCACAUCAAUGCCACAUAUCAGUGCCCAUCUGAGCUGCCUUUCAGUGCCACCUAUCAGUGCCAGUAAGUGCCACCUAUCAGUGCCAGUCAGUGCCACCUAUCAG